UCCUAGUCAAAGACCGCGCGUUGCUGAUUUGUAGACCACGACCCCAUCCUGCAUUCAUGUGCUCCUUUCAGAGAGGAACAAACUAGCUCAGGGCAUCUUGAUGCAGUGGGCUCAAAUCAUUUUGGACUCACUCCCUUCGACUGGGCAAUGGAAUGACAACCACCUUCAUGCUCUAGCUGUCGUUUUUAGUCCUUCCAUUGCUAUUGCUGCUUUGAACCUCUUGGAGCGGGAAGCCGUAACCAGAGUUGACGGGCCUUGCGGACGCAACUUUUAUCAGGUUGAAGAUGACCGAGACUUUUUGACCUGCUUUCCUUCUGUUCCCUAUUGUACGUGUGUGGGGCAUCGAGAGCAGCAGAUGGUUUGUCAACAUAUCCUGGCUGUUCAUCUUGCGAUACGGACUGGAAGGUGCAAUUGGAGUAAAUGGAAUCAGAUGGAUUUUUUAAACCACCUCGCAGGAUGUUAGCACACACCUAAGAAUCAAUAUUUGGGCGGAGUAGUACAUUGAAAAUAUCUUCCAUUGAUUCACCCAUCUGCGUCUUUUCUAGCUUGCUUUUGGAUAAUUUGUGUGGGAUUUGCGUACAGAUUGAGCUUUUCGCAUAAGUUCGGCAUCAGGCAGCACGACUUGGUUGUAAUGGGCAUCAAGAGUUGGUCGUAAAAUAACAUUGUUGGCGUCUUUGCUAGAUCGCCGUCAACGCCCAGUUCGAUCACAAAUAUAAAAAGUUAAAAGAACG